CAGGGUCACUCCAAGUGAGCUGCCUGGGAGUGGAGGGAGGGGGAACCCCAGAGCCCCCCCAGAGACCCUGUGGGGAUAAGACGGUAGGGAACCCCAGCAAAAGGAGAGAAGAUAAUGACAGCACACAAGACAUUUCUUCCCAAAGAUGGAAAUACUGAGGGCUUGCAACCCCUGCACCCCACCACUCCCUGCACUUUUACACCAUGCAUUUCGCUGUUCAAAUCCCAAACCAUUCCUACUUCAAAUCCUUCACCUAUAACUUCAAUAUUUCUGCAAAUGAGGCACUUGGUGUCAAAGCUCAGGGCCAGGUGGGGAGCCUGAGAAGAAUUUCCUUAUUUUUGCGGUUUGUCAGCCACUAAAUUUGUUUGAGGUUUCUUGUUGUCGUCUUCAAAGCGUUCUGCGAUGCUUCUCUCGUGUGCUUCAUGGAGAGCUUUCAGCAUUUUCCAGGCUCAGGACGGAAUGCCUCCUGCACAAGGACGAUUUGCUACGCAGUGAAUCCUGGUGGCUGCAGUUAAUUUUGCUGCCUUCUGCUGAAGCAAACAGCGGAGUGCCUGAACUUACAUCUUCUCAUUUUGAGAGCAAAUUGAUUUCGACAGAAAACAGCCAAAGGGUGUUGUUUUAUUUAGGGCCCUCCGAGCCAGCUUGCUGCUCUCUGAUACCUAAAGGCCAGAUUUUACAACAGCAAGAGAUGCUAGAUGGUGAAAUAGGAGGAAAUCAUUAAAUAGCAGCAAGCCCAACCCGUCGCCCUGACACCUGAUUGUGAGAGUGGGGACCUCUCACCAGCCAACAGCAGCAGCACCUGCACACAGCUGGAUCAUGUUGGACAUGGCCACCAUGGCCAGGCCGUGGCUCUGGGUCUGGCUCUGGCUCUGCCUGCAGCUCCCAGGUUUCUGUACAAAUCUACUUUCAUCCCGGACUCCAGGGCAUAUUUUAGCCCAAACAGACAACAGCAUAGAAAUCGUCUGCCUGAUGAAGAGGGAGCACACUGGGCUCUACUGGUACCGCUGGAACCAGGGCAGGCAACACUUUGAGUUCUUGCUAUUUUUCAGUCCUCUGGGAAAAGCCACUUAUGGCAGAAAUAUCAGCCAGGAGAAGUUCAGCAUCCACGGGACGAGUUCCCACCCCUUGUACAAGCUGCACAUCAGCCGGCUGCACGGCUCCGACAACGGCACCUACUACUGCUGCACCAUCCAGUCCUCCGAGCUCAUCCUGGGCACUGGGACCCAGCUCAGCGUGGUUGAUGUUUUGCCUCUGCCUUCAAUGUCCACGCUGGCCCCAUUCACCAAGAAACCCAUGCGAUGCAAACCCAAAAGCGAAGCCAUCAACAAGAAAGGUGCCUGCAGCCUCCUGGUCUGGGUCCCACUGGUUGCCGCUGCCCUGCUGCUCCUGCUGAGCCUGAUCCCCACCAUCCGCCGCUUCUAUCGACUGCGGAGGAGACUGUGGCUUCGAGUCCACAGAAAGUAAAUCCUGCUGGGAAAAGCUAUGGAGAAUCGCCUGCGUGGUGCUGAGCCCUGCUGGGAUGUAAGCCAGGGAGGACAUUGCAGAGUACCGGAUCAGAUACUGCACUGUGCUGAGCCUUUCUCAAGAAGAAUUUGGGAGCACAGCAGCUGGCUCUGCACUGGGACUGGGGUAUCAAAUGGAUGCAGCCAGGCUGUAAAGAUGCUCUGGACUCUGUGCUGGUUGAUGACUUUGGUAAGGAAUACUUUGAGAGGUGGCGGCACACCUCGUAAAGAUGUUAGAAAGUGUAAAUAUAUCAUUCAGCUCUGCAGGCUGGUGCCUUGUGGCCCUGAUUUGGGUUGGAUUUGGUCAACAAGGGACUAUGAAUGUGGUGAGGAGCUGGAGGGCGAGCAAGGGCCUGCAAAAAGCUGGGGGGGAAGCUUAGGCUGCAGACAGACACAGCCCGUCCCAAGGCCAAGCAACCGGUGGAGCAGCAGCUGAUAACAGGCAGAGGAGCCCAUCCAGCCAUGGAUGCUUAGCCCUUGUGGCACCAGGGUGCUGAGCAUAGGGCGGCUUUCCUCUCCUUUUAACACAGCAGCCAGCACACCUCUCCUCAGCUCCACCAUGCCCGUGACAGCACUAACCUCAUCACCCCCCCAAAACCCUUUUAUUUUUGAUUUUAAGGAGAAAAGUCAGCCCUGAGUGGCAGUGCCACGCUCCUGUUGCACAGUGGCCAUGGUAGCUGGGGCACAGGGAUGGUCCCCACGUCACCAGGCACAUGCAUAGUACUGGCUGUACUCUCAGCAUACAGAACAGGCAAAUGUUAGGAGUUUUAUGUCAUGCAUUUUUUAUGCAAUUGCUGUGAAGAAACACCUUGAAGCUUUCUGUGUGCAGAAGUCCAUUCUGGCAAAAAAAUCCACAAACUCAGUGAUGGGCAUUCACCUGUGGUUCCCUUUCCAUGAGAAAACCUGCAGCUCAGCUGUGUGCAAUCACAGGAGAGGACAGGCAGCAGCAGCCCAGGGCUCCGCACCUCCUUUAGAAACGCAGCUUUGUGCACUUCACCAAAGGAAACUAUGAACAAAAUCUGAUAA